AUGCAGGCGGUGAACGUUUAUGAUCUGUUUAUCGUAUUUUCAUGUGCUGAUUUGGCAAAUUUGGUAAACGUGGCGGCUCUCAAGGUGGCAAAGGACGGUGCAAAAUCGGUUGGGAAUGCUUUUAUUCAGCAGUAUUAUCAUAUACUGCACCAGUCACCUGGGCUGGUUCAUCGUUUUUAUCAGGAUAUCAGUAAACUUGGUCGGCUCGAGGAAGAUGGUUCUAUGAGCAUAACCACUACUAUGGAUGCAAUCAAUGCUAAAAUCUUGUCACUUAACUAUGGUGACUUCAAGGCUGAGAUCAAAUCCGUUGAUGCUCAAGAAUCCCUAAACGGUGGAGUCAGCGUUCUGGUAACUGGAUACAUGACAGGAAUGGAUAAUAUUCAGCAGCAGUUCACACAAUCUUUCUUCCUCGCACCUCAAGACAAAGGCUACUUUGUGUUGAAUGACAUGUUUCGCUACAUGAACAUUGACAACCAUCAUGACGAAGACCAUGCUCCUACUGAGGAUGUGGUGGCUUCCGCAACUCCCGAGCAAGUGUCCGAGGUUGUUCCGGUGCCGGAGAAUAAUAUUCCCGAGCAAGUUGCUGUAUUGACAGAGGAAUCUGAAGUGGAACCGGCUGUUCUUGUGGAGAAUGGAGAAGUUCCCGUUGUUGAGGAAGAUCCGGUUCCCGAGGUUGUUGAUGAAGUGCAGGAUUCUUCACAGCUGGCAGUUGAAUCUCACACUAAAGUUGAGGAAAUGCCAAAGAAGUCGUAUGCAUCUAUUGUAAUGGAUAUGAAACAGAAUGGUGUGCCGUUUUCAUCUCCAGCACCAGCACCCAGAAAACCACAACCAAGGAAACAAGAACAACAUUUGAAUAUCGCUCUCCCAACUAAUGUAGCUGCCGAGCCAGUGGCUUCCAAUGCGGAUGCUGUUGAAAACACUCUUCACGAGGAAGAAGUUGAAGGUUACUCUGUGUAUAUCAAGGGUCUUCCAAUGAAUGCUACACAUGCAUUGUUAGAAGAGGAAUUCAAGAAGUUUGGACCUAUCAAGCCCAAUGGUAUUCAAAUUCGAAACAACAGGGGAUUCUAUUUUGGUUUCGUUGAAUUUGAGGUGCCAGAUGCGGUUCAAAAGGCGAUUGAGGCUUCACCGAUCACGAUCAAUGGAAAAAAUGCUGUUGUUGAAGAGAAGCGAUCUACAAUCUCUAAAGCUGUAAAGAACAGAGUUUACUGUUGUCUCUUGCUUGCUUCAGUCUCUAUAAGUACUUCAUCAAGCUCAACACUCUACAAACCCUCAACUACACUCAACUGACUUACUGCUUUUACAUCUACUGUUGUCUGAAAGAGAGCAUGCUUGCUUCAGUCUCUACAAAUACUUCAUCAACCUCAACACUCUACAAACACUCAACUGAGACGAAUUAAACUUUCAAAUUAAUAUAUUGACUCUUUGCAUCUGGAUCUUGCAUUGUUUCUCGGCUCUCACAUCAAGGUUUCACAUUUUUUGUCGUCUGUAACAAAAUUCUGCCUCUUGCAUUGUUGUAAGUUCUUCUAAAUUUCUUGGUUUUUUUGUAACUUUUAACUGUGGCUUUUAACUUUAGAAGGUUGUAAAUGU